AAAGCUGUUGGUGUCGCUUGUGGUCCGUGGCAUCCUCUCUGGUUCUCCGCAGUCUGACAGGGUUUCUUCCUGCCGCCAAAAUGAACAUCCGCCGUGCUGGGCCAGAUGACCUGAUGAACAUGCAACACUGCAACCUCCUUUGCCUUCCUGAGAAUUACCAGAUGAAAUACUAUUUCUACCAUGGCCUAUCCUGGCCCCAGCUCUCCUACAUUGCUGAGGACGAAGAUGGGAAGAUUGUGGGCUAUGUCCUGGCCAAAAUGGAGGAGGACCCUGAUGAUGUCCCCCAUGGUCAUAUCACCUCACUGGCUGUGAAACGUUCACACCGGCGCCUUGGCCUGGCUCAGAAGCUAAUGGAUCAGGCCUCGCGGGCCAUGAUUGAGAAUUUUAGUGCUAAGUAUGUGUCUCUGCAUGUCAGGAAGAGUAACCGGGCAGCCUUGCACCUUUAUUCUAACACCCUCAACUUCCAGGUUAGUGAGGUAGAGCCCAAGUACUAUGCAGAUGGGGAGGAUGCUUACGCUAUGAAGCGUGAUCUCUCCCAGAUGGCAGAUGAGCUGAGACGGCAGAUGGUGCUGAAGAAGAGCAGAUACGUGGUUCUGGGCUCCAGGGAGAACCAGGACACUCAGGGCAACACUCUUCCUGGUUCUGAAGAGGCCUGUGAGCAGGAAAACCUGGCUGGAAAUGACAGUGGCAGUGACAGCAAAGACAGCACUGAUGUCCAGGACAGCUCGCAGGACUUGGAUUCUGCCUCAUAGGUCCUGCUUGAGCACCACAGCUUGCAUUUCAGCCACAUUUUUCACCUGAACUGCUCUGCAGUAUCUGCUUUGGGAUCAUCUCAGAUUGACCUGAAUGACUUGCCAUUUUCAGCUUUCAAUAG